GAAGAUUUUCACGCAGGAGAGACAAGGUCAGGCUCAGGCCCAAGAAAGAAGGAGAGGCACAUUUAUCUGAAUAAUAUCUGAUCGGAAGGAGCUCGGGGAAGGCGAUAGCCACAUCAAGCGGAAAGAUGGCGUGCAGGAACAUGCUUCGUUGUUCUGCAGUUCUCGUAGAACCGUUCCGACCGCCUUGCUUCAAUACUGUCUCAGGCUAUGAGCUCAGAACCCUUGUUAAGCCUCGCCGAUUUCAUUCUGCAACGCGACCUCUUCGCUGCUCUCACAACGAAUCGCCGUGGUCUUCCUCCCCUCAUGACGAUCAAGGUCCUCCUCAGGAAGCUGUUCUCAAGGCCAUUUCAGAGGUGUCCAAGACAGAAGGAAGGGUCGGCCAAACUACAAACAUGGUUAUUGGAGGCACUGUGACUGAUGAUUCUACUAACGAAUGGCUGGCUUUGGACCAGAAGGUGAAUUCAUACCCCACUGUUCGAGGGUUUACUGCCAUAGGAACUGGAGGUGAGGACUUUGUACAAGCCAUGGUUGUUGCUGUGGAGUCUGUAAUCCAACAGCCAAUUCCUGAGGAACGGGUGAAGCAGAAGGUAUCAUCAAGGGGCAAAUAUGUGUCUGUAAAUAUCGGGCCAAUCCAAGUUGUUUCGAGCGAACAGGUGCAAGCGGUCUAUAAUGCCAUGAGGAGAGAUGAACGGAUGAAGUACUUCUUAUAAUCCGUUAGGUCUUUUUUUUGUAUAGAAUGCCAGGCUCCCCGGCGAUGUAUUUAUGAUACUGGGACUGGGAACGUUCACUGUGUGCAGGCAGCAUGACAGAUUUGGCCAUUUAUUUAUUCUUUCUUCAUAUAUAAACAGAUUUUCAUAUAUCAUAUAUGUGAAGGAAUGGCUGGAUCUGCUGUGGCUGUUGUCCAUCAGCACGACAGAAAAUCCCGAUUCAUGAUUUGCCUGCUUUCCAGUAGUUAGCUUGAUUAUAUCUGUCUAACCCAUGUUUCUGUGUUGUUCUAGCAACCAGAGAUCACUUGUAUUUGCUAGAUAUGUUUAACUUACUACCCUUUGUGACUGAAAGGAAAUAUAGUAGACAAUUUUGUUGUUACUAGUAACAGACAUGAUUAUCUUCAUGAAAUUCUCCUA